UAGACCCAUUGUCAAUCUGUUCCCCAUUCUACGCUGCCGGGAUUCUCUCUCCCCAUCGCUAUCUCGAUCCUUCUCGAUCACAUCGAUUUCGUAGUUGUCUCGUUGGAUUGCAACGCAGCGGCUCACCGGGGCGACUAUUAUCGCACGAACUUUCUGCGGCGGAUUCGCACAGGUCUUCGUCGAUCUCAACGUUUCGCUGUUCCUUGUGAUCUGAAUUUGGGGUCUGGGAUUUGCCUUAUGGCGGUCGAUUGGUUUCGAUCCGUCUAGUUCAUGAUCGAUCUGCUAAUUAGGAAGCUGACGUCAAAUCAACCUAGCUUUACAAUUGGGGAUUGACGAGGGUUUGAAGACACUGGGUUUAUCAACUUAGUUGGGUUAUAGAAAAUGACAGAUAAGGCCUGUGUAAGACGCCUUCAGAAGGAAUUUCAAGCUCUUUGUAGGGAACCACCUCCACAGAUUGUUGCUCGACCUUCCCCCAGUGAUAUUUUAGAUUGGCAUUUUGUGCUUGAAGGAAGCAAAGGCACACCAUUUGAAGGUGGAUAUUACUAUGGGAAACUGAAAUUUCAACCUGAUUAUCCAUUCAAGCCUCCUAGUAUUAGCCUGAUAACACCCAAUGGACGAUUUUCUACUAACACGAAGAUCUGUUUGUCAAUGAGUGACUUCCAUCCAGAGUCCUGGAAUCCUAUGUGGUCUGUAUCAAGCAUACUGACCGGACUUCUUUCCUUCAUGAUGGAUGAUCACCAAACCACUGGUAGCAUCAAGACAUCUGAUUCUGAAAAGAGACAAUUGGCGAAAGCUUCGCUUGCAUACAAUUGCGAGAGUAAGAAAUGCACGAGUUUUAGGAAGCUAUUUCCAGAGUACGUCGAGAAGUACCAGCAACAGCAUGCUCUUACACAAUCGAUCUCGGAACCUCAGACAAAGGAUGAAGGGAGUCCUCCUUUGACGGCCACCACAGUAGCACCUACAAAACUAGAAGACCAAGACAAGGAGGUUGCAGACCGAGAAGCGAGAAGAAGGCAAUCAAAGCCAGUUCCAUUUUGGCUACUACUCCUGUUGCUCUCCAUCUUUGGCGCUGUGAUGGCCUUGCCAUUUCUCCAAAUGUGAUAUUUGCGUUACAACCGACAAAGUCUGGCACUCGCAGAACCUUCCAACCUUGAGCUAUGCACGAUCUUUUGAUCGUUCUCUCUACUUCAUAAGAAAAAGUUAACAAGAUGUGCAUAUCAUUAAAAUUUUGCACAGGCAGGCGUGCAUCAUCAUCUGCAAGGAUUUUUAGUUGGGUAUUUGUGCUUAUUCUCAACUGUUUUGAUAUCCAGCAUGCACUCACCACACUCUGAUAUAUCCCUAAAUAGAUUCGACCA